GUCCGUCGGACGACACGGUAGUCCGCAGUUGAUCACGGUUCUUCAUCAUUCAGAAAAUUCAAAAUAUAGUGGCUCAGCAAUGACGCGGCACAGUGGAAACAACACCACCGAACCCGUCUCGCGCUUCGACACUUUGUCAACAACUACUUCUGUCUCAUCCUUGCCAGGCAUGGUUCGUGGAGAAGAACGGGCACCCCUCGUAAAUCAAAACGACGUCGAGGCGGGUCAUAUGACGCACCCUCAGUACGGUUCUUCUUCUACAAGAACUUCUGCUUCUGGUGUCAAAUUGCCAGUGGACACCAGCAAACGGAACUCGAUGUUCAAGAAACGGGUCCGAUACUAUGUUCCGUCCACUGCAUGGAUACCUGACUAUUCAAUUUCCCUCUUGGGUGGUGAUCUUCUAGCUGGAAUCACUCUUGCGGCUAUGCUCAUUCCCCAGUCUGUCAGUUAUGGGACUUCACUUGCCAAGCUAAGUCCUACAACUGGUUUGUUCGCUGCCGCCCUACCACCGAUCAUGUACAGUCUCUUGGGAACGUCAAGGCAACUUAAUGUUGCUCCAGAAGCGGCGCUUUCGCUCCUCGUUGGACAAGCAGUUUCCGAUUAUCGUCGUGGGGAUCAUCAUGUUAGUCCGGAAGACGCCGAUGCCGUUGGUAUUGCAGUUUCCACUGCCAUCACCUUCCAGGUUGGGCUGUUUGCGUCGAUGCUUGGAUUCUUUCGGUUGGGCUUCCUGGAUGUUGUCCUCAGUCGUGCGCUUCUCCGAGGAUUCGUGACUGCAGUUGCGGUCGUCAUUGCUGUAGAACAACUAAUACCUAUGUUUGGCCUCGUUGCCCUGGAGAAUCAGAUGAAUCAUGAGUCAAUCCUGGACAAGAUAAUUUUUCUUCUAGAAUAUGCAUGGACUGAUUACCACAAACCGACGACGCUAGUCAGCUUCGGGGCGCUGCUCGUGCUCAUAUUCAUGAGAACUUUAAAAGGUUACUUUAAACGAACUUGGUGGAUCGAACGGCUCCCUGAAGUCCUGCUCGUUGUCGUGCUCUCUACAAUUAUUUCAGGCUAUCUGCGUUGGGACAAAGAAGGUGUCGAUAUCCUCGGCAUAAUUCCUAUUAAGACUGGUGGUCAUUUCUUUAGCUUUCCGCUGAAACAAUCAAUAGGCUAUAUCAGAGGAACGACUUCGACUGCAAUUUUGAUAACUAUCAUGGGUUUCUUGGAUAGUACUGUUGCAGCGAAGCAGAAUGCCGAUCGCUUUGGCUACUCCAUCAGUCCGAACCGUGAACUCGUUGCACUCGGGGCUGCCAACCUUUUUGGAUCUUUCGUUCCUGGCACAUUGCCAGCAUUUGGCUCAAUUGUGAGGUCGAAAAUUAACGGCGAUGUUGGUGCGCGCACGCAAUUGGCCUCCCUUAUUACUGCCGGCAUAACAUUAUUGGCGACAUUCUUCCUUCUCCCGUAUCUAUACUACCUACCAAGAUGUGUCUUGGCUUCGAUCAUCUGCCUCUUUGUGAUAUCACUGUUUAGCGAGGUUCCUCAUGACCUAGUGUAUUAUUGGAGGAUAAGGGCUUGGACUGACCUUGCAAUGAUGUUCCUCACUUUCUCGCUUUCUGUUAUCUGGAAUAUCGAGAUUGGAAUCAUUGUCAGCCUCAUUAUCUCUUUGCUGCUUGUUAUCAAGCGUUCCUCGCACACACGAAUGAUUAUACUGGGACGUAUUCCUGGCACUGAUCAAUGGGGGCCUGUUGCUGACAAUCCUGGCGCGGAAGACGUUCCUGGCACAUUAAUCAUCCGUAUCAGAGAGAGCUUGGACUUUGCUAACACGGCACAAUUGAAAGAACGUCUUCGUAGACUAGAAUUAUAUGGCCCAGAAAGAACUCACCCUUCAGAAGAGCCAAGGAGGCAACCCGCAAGCACAUUAGUAUUCCACAUGGCAGACGUUGAGACAUGUGAUGCCUCUGCAGUGCAGAUCUUCCAUGAGCUGUUGGAGACGUAUCAGAACCGUGGCGUCGGGCUCUUUGUAACUCACCUUCGUUCUGGCCCUCGAGAAAUGUUUGAACGCGCAGGUAUUGUGGAGCUCCUAGGCUCCGAGGCAUUCUUUGCCACCUUGGGAGAUGCCAUGACGAGCAUUGGGCAGCACUGAUGGGUCUGAUAUGCAAUCUGCACAAUGUGGUUUGGCGAAGACUUACGACCCUUGAUGAUUCAAUUUGACGAAAGUAAUGCACGGUUCAUAGAAUAUAGUACUAGUAUAUAUAGGGCAGGAGUGACAUAUGCAUUUAAUACGUUUGUAUGGUGGGGGUCAUUGAGGGCUUACCGUUCAGAAAUAACCGUU